CUUGUCGCGACACAGCACGAAUACUUAUGCGAGAUGUUCAAAGCAACCUUCACCGGUCACCAUCGAUCUGCGAUGAAGGAGUCCAUGGUUGGUCUACCCUAUACGACGUCCAGCGUAGAUCACGUUUACACUCGCAGCCAUUCUAGCUUGGGCAAUCGGGUUCUGAGGCUCAUCGUGCUCUGUGCUGCCGCUUUCAUAUUCGUAAAUUGGCACGAAUGCUAUAGAACACUCCAGUACAUCGCUCCCAGCCUCUAUGUAGAGCGAACCUCUCUCUGUCUCCAGGCUGCGCCUUUGACUCCCCGAAAGCAUGCGGAACUACACGAAAUGCUAUCUAGUACGCUAGCUACAGAUAUAUUCCUGCAAAGGGCUGUCGACCUGUUGGCUGGCUCUGUGCAGAUACCAACUGAAGUCUACGAUGUGAUGGGCCCUAUCGGCGAAGAUUCUCGCUGGGAUGUCUUCGGCAGCUUCCACGAAUACUUGACCGAGCAGUAUCCGAAGAUUCACUCGGCGUUGCAUCUGACCAAGGUCAAUACAUACGGAUUAGUGUACAUGUGGAAAGGCUCCGACGAGUCGCUCAAACCGCUCUUGUUGGCCGCACAUCAAGAUGUCGUGCCGGUCAAUCGAGAUACGUACGCCGCCUGGCAACAUCCCCCCUUUUCCGGUUAUUUUGAUGGGGAGUAUGUCUGGGGACGAGGCAGCGUGGACGACAAGAACGGUCUGAUCAGCGUUUUGACUGCAGCGGAACUUCUGCUCGAACAUGACUUCAAACCCAGACGCAGCAUUGUGCUUGCAUUCGGCUUUGACGAGGAAGGAAGCGGAAGACAGGGUGCAUACAUGAUUGGACAAUACCUGCUCUGCACAUACGGAGAAGACGCCUUCUCUAUGCUGGUCGAUGAGGGCGGAGAUAUCGAGAAGCAAUACGGCGGGAUCUUCGCGCUCCCCGCCAUCACCGAGAAAGGAUACCUGGACGUGCUGAUCGAGAUCAGCGCCCCGGGUGGACACUCGAGCAUCCCUCCAGCGCACACGACGAUUGGAAUGCUCUCGCGGCUCCUCGUACACUACGAAAACCACGCGCCGCCCGCAAAGCUCAGCCGCUCCUCCCCGAUGUAUGACCACGCACAAUGCCUUGCGGCGCAUGCGCCGGAUUUGCCUCGCUCGCUGCGAAAGUCCAUCAAGAGGUCCCUGUCUUCUGAUCGUGCAUUGCGCCGCGUACAAGACGAGCUGUUCAAGGAUCCAGAGUUCAGGGCGCCCGUGACCACUACGCAGGCUGUGGACAUUAUCAGCGGUGGAGUCAAGUCGAACGCGCUGCCGGAGAACGCGAUGGCCGUUGUCAAUCAUCGGAUCGCAACCGACAGUUCGGUUGCCGCAGUCCAGAACCGUAGCACGGCGAUCCUGAAGGCGCUCGCGGAGCACUUCAACCUGUCCUACACAGCCUUCGGCGCACCAAUCAACGUACACACGCCCGCCAGCGGAAACCUAUCACUCAGUGAUGCCUGGAACACAGCUCUGGAGCCUGCACCGAUCACUCCGAGUGGCAAGGACGCUGCUCCGUUCCAGCUGCUCGCAGGGACGAUCAAGGCGACAUACAACGCGCACCGGUCGCUCGAUGCGGACGAGAAAGGGAUCUCAGUGAGUCCCAGCAUGGGAUCAGGGAAUACUGACACUCAGUUCUAUUGGAAGUUGACACAACAUAUAUUCCGGUACACGCACUAUGAUGAAAGUGGCGUCAAUGUAUCCAUGUCUGGCGGUGCCCACACGGUGAAUGAAGCGUGCAAAGCGGACAACCUGGUAGAGAUGAUCCGGUUCUAUGUGACCUUGAUUCUGAACGCGGAUGAAGCUGAUAAUAUAUGAAGUGAGAAGAGGUGAUUGGGGGUCGAGCAGACACCGUCAGGUACACCCAGCAGGAGAAGGGAUAAGAUGAAUGGCCUCUGUCGUUGGUCACAGAAUGAUCUUCAUGAAUGCUCACGAAGAUCCUUCGAGUACUGCAAAUUGGGCAUUUCAAACAGCACUUCUAUCAUUGAGCCUUUAUAAUGCAUCUGUCAGUGCCCUUCACGGCUAUCAC